UUUAUACGUCUCACUCACUGAAGAAUUCGACAGUUUGCAAGAAAGAACUCAGAAGUAUUUGGACAUUAGAAAACUGCAUAGAAAACUUUUAGUUAUACUAAAAUAAUUGAAUUAACGUUAAGGGCGUAGCAAUCGCGGUGUACAGAGAAGGCCCAAUAAUUUGAUUCGUAUAAAGUGCACAGAAAGCGUACUAUAUUUGGAGACAACUGCUGGUCGUACCGUAUUAUGGAAGAAAAAUGUCCCAAAUUUAUUGAUUCGAAUAUAUUUGGCAUUGCUACAACCACCGUUGUUGCUGCCGGUAACAAUAAAAAGGAACAAUCAGAUUCACUAUCACUGAAUCAACGACCUUCAACUUCGUUCAAUUUGAAUACGGCCUCAAUGUCGCUGUUGCAAGGUGAAUUCGUUGACUCACGACAUGAUUUUGCAGAAGUUUUGGACGACGAAACUACUACUUCCGGGGUAUUGGAAACAUUUGAAAUAAGUUCGUCUAAUUCUCUACCGCCAAGCAGUUCAGAUGGCCACAGAGAGGUUGUGGUGGACGACAGUUCUUCUACAGAUACAAUUAAAUUAGUGGGAGUAUCGGACGACACUUCGUGCACCAACAAGAAAUUUUUGGAUGUCUCAGAAGUUUUUGUAAUAAAUGAUGAUGAUGAUGAUGAUGACGAUGAUGAAGGUGUUGUGCCGGAAAGCGAAGUAGCGGAAGUGGAAGAUGUAUCUUUAGCGCCUGCGAAUGAAAAUGAUAUUAAUCAACAUUGUUUGGAAGAUAAUUCCAAUCAGCAUGAGCACAAUCGUUUUUCGACAAACAGUACCAAUAGUCAAUUGAGCAAUGAUAUGGGCAGCGUUAUUGUGACGAAUGGACACGGUGCGACAAUUUAUCUUGAAACACCAGUGGUGGAGGAACAAAAUCAACAUCAUGCUCAGCUAAAUAACAUCGGUGGUGGGGAAAAAGGUGAGUUUGGUGAGAAAACAGGAAAACCCAAACGUCUGAGCGAUGAAUUUAUGCAAACAGAUGAGGCAGAACCAUUUGGCAAAAUGGAUAAAAACAAUGCUCGAACUACAAACGGCGAAGCUAUGUCUAGCGUAAUAACAGCAUUUUUAGGGCUUGAUGGCAAUGAAAUACUUCCUGAUCGCAUGUCGUUUCGACUGAAAAAAAUGAACAUAAGCAACACGACUAGUGAAAAGCUACGCGAACGUCCUUCCAGUUCAAGAAGCAACGAAAAUAAUAUUGUAAUAUUACCAAGGCCACAAAUUGCCGAUAUCAAAACGAUUGAUGCGAUAGAACGCACCGAUUUCGAGGAAGAGCAACGGUUGACAGGUGGUAUUAUUUUGAAAAAUAGCACAGUCGCGAAGAAAAAUAUGCUUAACUUAAGGCUGAUAAAAUCGUCAUGUAUGCAGAAUCAGCAAAAAGACUCAGGAAGCCAACAGGCACAAUUUGAGUUGGGAGAUGAUUGCCCCAGCAGCAGCAGCAAUAUAAAUAAUAGCAGUCACAACGGUGUUGGUCGUGCAGUUUCAUCUGACAGCAAGUGCGCUUACAAGGAUCCAACAUCAACGCCAACAAGUAGUCGCCCUCACACCAGUCGUUUAACCAAAUCUACUGCCAAACUUAAUUUGUGCUCUUCUCUAAGUCAUCCCCUACAUCGGCAAACACAAUCAUUUCAAGAUCGAACCAAAGGUGCCAACAAUUCCAAAACACAGCUAAAAACACAAACUGGCAAUAAAAACAGUCUGACAUCGUUAACCUCGUCCUCCCAUACGUUUACGAAUUCCGUUUCGUCGGCAUCUACAUCUACAACUGCUUCUUCGUCCUCCGCAGCGGCAUCAUCUUCUUCAUCAUCAUUAUCUUCGUCUACAUCAUCUUCAGUGAUUGUAGAGGCACCUACUGCCACAUCGACUUCAUCCUCAUCAUUGCCAGGCGCCGCGGCCUGCACAGUUGGCAGCGGGGGAGCGGAAAUAUACUCAAACUCUAAUUCGAAUGACAGCCUUAUGAGUAGUACAUCAACAACCAUCAAUUGUGGACAGCGAGUGCAACAGCAGCAGCAACCGCAACAGGCACAGCAGCAGCAGCAGCAACAACAACAACAACAGCAGCAGCAGCUGAUCCCCUAUAUAUUGGUUGAUAAGUCCGAUGUAGGAGGCUGUAGUCGCACAAGUUCUAUGCAUGCCGUUGUAGCAGUAGCUGCAGAUAAUGCUGCACUCGCUGCAGCUUCCACAGGCGGCGCCGAAGUCAUUCCUGUUUUCGAUGACGCUCAACCUUCAACUUCGUCUGCUCGCUGUCAUUAUGCUCCGUCCAUGAAGAAUUUACGUCAGGUACACGCUAGCGCUCAAACGAAUGAACGUUACCUUAGACGUUCUGUUGGGUCACUGGAUUCGGGAAAUGUCAAUGCCCUUCCAACUACAGCAAGAUUUCGUCGGCGCGCCGAAUUUGCUGCUCAGUUGACCAAUCCUCCUGAUGAUAUGUCUCUUGAAGCUUUCAAAGCAUUGGCCCAAGCUGCAGCUCAAGCAGUUAUGUCUGAUUAUAAUGAGGAAGCUUCGUGGGCCGAUUGUGACGAGAACACUUCCGAUGAGGAAAUAUGUACUUGCAAUCAUAGUAGUAGUAGCAGUGCAAGUAAUAGCAGUCACGGUGGUAGCAAUACCAGCUUAAACGAGACGGACGUUGAUGGAGCUGAUAUUUCUUCGACCGGCGCUGGUGCCGAUGUCAGCGCCAAUUGCACAGCCAAAGAUGGUGAUCUGUCAAAUUAUAUACAAAUGGUUUCGAUAUCAGAGGAGGUGGGUGGCAAUGGCGGCGCGAACAACACUGCGGAAAAUGCAUCCACCUGUGCGCACAUUAACGCUCAACAGCGUAAGCGCAAAUACGAUAGCCGUUUGCCGGAUGCCAACGCCAAUGCAGUAAUAUCCAGCAGCGGUAAUACUGCCAACAUUGACGAUGCUAAUGGAAGAAAGCGUAUAGCUUAUGAUUUUGCAUUAACUCCACGCCACUGUAGUGCUUUAGUAGCUAAACCCUCCACAACUUCAACACAAUUGGCACCGCUGUCAGCCAUCAGUAAUUCACCUGUGGGUCGACGAACUCCGCGUUCCAUAAUACCUACACGUGAGAAUCCACCUCCCGAAUUACAACAUUGGCUGACACAAUUUCAACGUUGGACACAUGUUGAGCGACUGAUGGCCAUCGAUCGUCUGAUUGAGUAUUGCGAGCCAACACAAGUUCGUCACAUGAUGAAAGUGAUUGAACCACAAUUCCAACGCGACUUUAUUUCACUGCUGCCGCGUGAGCUAGCACUGCAAGUGCUUACUUAUUUGGAUCCAAAAGAUUUGUUGCGUGCCGCGCAGACUUGUCGCAGUUGGCGCUUUUUAUGUGAUGAUAAUUUGUUGUGGAAGGAGAAAUGUCGCAAGGCGCAAAUACUCACGGAGCCACGUACGGAUCGACCGAAGCGCGGACGAGCGGGCAAUAUGCCACCAAUCGCCUCACCGUGGAAAGCGGCAUAUAUGCGCCAGCAUAUAAUCGAAAUGAACUGGCGUUCGCGACCAAUACGCGAACCGAAAGUACUGAAAGGGCAUGACGAUCAUGUCAUCACUUGCCUGCAAUUUUGCGGCAAUCGCAUAGUGUCCGGCUCAGAUGACAAUACAUUGAAGGUUUGGUCUGCUGUGACUGGCAGGUGUUUACGCACGCUGGUGGGUCAUACUGGUGGCGUCUGGUCCUCGCAGAUGGCGGGUAAUAUAAUAAUCUCAGGUAGUACCGAUCGCACGCUGAAAGUCUGGGACAUGGAUUCCGGUCAAUGUUUACACACAUUGCAGGGGCAUACCUCCACCGUGCGAUGUAUGCAUUUACACGGCAAUAAAGUCGUCAGUGGUUCGCGCGAUGCGACUUUACGUGUUUGGGAUAUUGUGCAAGGUAUAUGUUUGCAUGUUUUGGUGGGUCAUUUGGCGGCGGUGCGUUGUGUGCAAUAUGAUGGCAAAUUGAUUGUGUCGGGAGCUUACGAUUACAUGGUGAAGAUUUGGCAUCCCGAACGGCAGGAGUGUCUACACACCCUCUCAGGGCACUCAAAUCGUGUUUAUUCUUUGCAGUUCGAUGGAAUACAUGUGGUAUCCGGUUCGUUAGAUACCUCUAUACGAGUUUGGGACGUUGAGACUGGUAAUUUGAAGCAUAUACUCAUGGGUCAUCAAAGUCUAACAUCUGGCAUGGAAUUGCGUCAGAAUAUUUUGGUAUCUGGUAAUGCGGAUUCCACGGUGAAAGUUUGGGAUAUCACAACAGGGCAAUGCUUGCAAACUUUGUCAGGUCCCAAUAAACAUCAAUCGGCUGUAACGUGCUUGCAAUUCAAUUCACGUUUUGUGGUAACGAGCUCUGAUGAUGGCACCGUGAAGCUGUGGGAUGUGAAAACUGGCGAAUUCAUACGUAAUUUGGUCGCACUGGAUUCAGGCGGAUCCGGUGGCGUUGUCUGGCGCAUAAGAGCGAACGAUACAAAAUUAAUAUGCGCAGUCGGUUCGCGUAACGGUACGGAAGAAACCAAACUCAUGGUUUUGGACUUUGAUGUAGAAGGAGCUUGUGUAAAAUGUUCAUAGAAAAUGUGACAACCGGUUGCUGCAAAUAAAUACUACAUCUAAUUAAACAUAUUACACCUAAGGAGCAGAAAUUCAUAGUGGCAGCAUGUGUCAGCAGAAAAACAAAAAAAAAAAAGAACAGCAAACACCUCACAUAAGACUCGACAAACGAGUCACAUGUUUGUAUGUAUACUGAUUUCGUUGUCCAAUUUUCUGCUGGAAGUUUACCUCCCUAAGUUUAGUACGAAAAUAAUGGUUUACCCUGAUGUCAUGUUGAGAAAAUGCCGGCAAACAAAAAAACAUGACCUUAUUGGGUGCACAGAUAUAUGUAUUUUAAAGGCUAUCUGAACUAAAUAUUAACUGCUGCAAUUCACAUAAGAUAAUUGGUAAUAAUUGAGAUAGGCGGUACCCAAUUGGAGGACGUGCAUACAAAGUAAGCUCUAAAUAUUAAGCAGAACUUUAAAUUUUUUAAGCUUAACAUUAAUUUAGUUGAGAACUCUUCAUGCAUUUGCUUAAAAUUUAAUUAUCAUGCAGAAAUGAAAAUGCAAAAAAUUCCAUGUCUAUAUCUUCCAGUUGGGUAUAACGAUAAAAUUGUGUCUAUCUCCAAAAAAUAUGGCAAGUGAGCAAAACCAUGUAGAGUUUAGAAAAUUUAAUUUUGGUAAUUCGUUUUACAUUACUCGCAUAUACAACAGCAGGAGGAAAUUCAAAAACAUUUAAACACAUAUUUUUUGUGUUAGUAGUACAACUAAUUUGUAUUUUUAAUGUUUACAUAUUUCAAUUAAUUUAAGUUAAAGAGUUUGAACUUAACACAUUUUAAACGAAUUCGUCUGAUAAAACAGUGGAAAAAUCGUAACAAUAUAGAUCAUAUUAAUAAUGAGAGCUUUAUAAUCUUAUCAUGUACGAGUAUGCAUAGCGAUUUGGUUUGCGAAUACGAACAUACCUACCUACUUACUUAUAAAAUAAUGUCAAUUGAAGUUGUUGUAAAAUUUACAUGUUUCAUGCUGCAACACUUGGCUGCAUACAUAUAUAUUUCUAUAUGCAGAUAUUGUGCAUUAUCGUUUCACUUCUGUGUUUAUUUUUAUUUUUUUCCUUACUAUUGUACUGUUAAAUCUUUUUAUGUUGUUGGCAAAGCUUGAAACCUCAGCAAUUUGCGAACAGCAAGUAUUUCAAGCAUACUCAUGCGCAUUGAAGUAAUUGUAAACGAUUUUAUUUAGAGAUUUUCAAACGAAAAUUAUGUUCUUCCACAGACACCACCAUUCGGCACAGUUUUCCGUUGUGCUUGUGAUGGUGCGUAAUUUGUUACAAAAAAAUUAGUAAAUUUCUGUUUUACUUUUUUUUAAACAACUCAAGUUUUAAGAGUCAUCACGUUAAUAGUUUUGUUUAAAUUGUGUUAUCAAACCAAACAUUCACAUACAGUUGUUAGGUAGUAUUUUUUUUUUUUUUUAAUUAUUAUUAUUAUAAAAAUAUGUAUUUUCACGAUUUGUUAGCUUCGUUCAUUGCAUUCAGAGCAAACGCGCAAUUGUUAUAGUCUGUUUAAGAAACAAACAACACAUUAUUUAGGCAACGCAGUCCGAAUCUUCAGUUGAUUAAUUUGAAAAAUGGCUUGUUGCAUUUUAAAAUAAUUAUAUUUGCCACGAAUAUUGCCAUGCAUAAGAAUUUACACAUACAUUUUCUGCAAAGAGAAUCCGAAUGCAUAUUUAUAUAGAGAAAAAAAGUAAAAAAAAAACGGCUAAACAAAUUGAACAAAAAAUGCAAACCACAAAAAAACAAAGAAUCGAGGAAGAUACAACCGUACACACAAGCAUAAGUUUGAAUGUAUGUAUAAGAUUUGUGAAUUUGUGUAGCAACGCACACAUGCAUAGACAACGCCUCACAACGCAUGAUAGCUAGGGUGUGUAGUACAUAUAAAUGACUAUUAAGCCUUUGAAAAAAUUGUUUUUGAUAAGCUUAUGAAAAAACCCCUGAUUUUGGGUUUUUAAUGAAAUUAUUGUUUUAUUUUAUAUUCGUUUAUAAGUCACGUGGUAUAACAUGUGCAAGCUCGUUCGCUGGAAGCCGAUUCAUGUUUAUGUGUCCGUGUGUGUGUGUGUGCGUAUAGAAUAUAUUAAGUGAAGCAUAAAAGAGAAGAAAACAAAUUGAAUAUUAAAUUUUAAUUAUAGACUGAUUUAUUAGUAACUAAUCUAUAUUUUAAUAACAUUACUGUAUCAGUUUAAGUAUAACAAAAAAGCAUAAGAAAACAAAAACGCGAUGCGAAAAGUAUGAAAAACAAAUAAUACAUUAAAGUUCAGGUCAAAAUUUUGCCGUCACAUGAAAACAACAGCAGCAGCAACAAGUCAAGCGAAAUAAAAAAAAAAAAA